AACGAAGAACAGCGGAAGUUGUUGUCUGAGAACAACAAAAACAAAAUAUCUCCUAAUACCCUAGAUUAGUGCACUACUAAGGGCAUGAAAUGUAGCGCGCUAAGUAAAUAGAAUAGAGUCAUUUCAGAUUGAUCCUAAUGCGUGGUUCCCAAAUCGCACACUAGUACUAUGCUAGCAUACUUUAUUAGCAUACUUUAUUAGCAUACUAUGCUAGCAUACUGUUAGCAUACUAUGCUAGCAUACUUUGUUAGCAUACUUUGUAGUGCUGGAGUAUGUGAUUGGGACGUAGCUGGAUGCAACGCAAAAGGUCUCUAGCUAUCAGGUAUCUAUAAUUCGCGAGCUCUGAAAAUAAUAAUUAAUUCUACGUGUUUCUAGCCUUUUAGUCUACAAGAUAAAGAUGGUCGACUCUCAUUUUCACGUUCAGCUGACAGCUGUGUUGGAUGUGCUCAUGAAAACAGCAGUAUCAGACAUUUGUGCUCUGGCUGAGAGCUGGUUUAAAUCCUUUCACAUGGAAUUAGCGAGAAGCAAAAAGGAAAACGAAGAUUUAAGGAAAAGGCUGCAGAUCAUAGAACAAGAAAAACACCAUGAACCUGCAGCUGAAACUGCUCUGGAGAGUAAAAUAACCAAAGAGGAGAAAGAUGACACUGGCAGUGAAGUGAGAGAUACAGACGAUUCUGGCAGCACAGUGUAUGCAGGAACCUCUACAGAAGAUCUACCUGCCAGUGCACAUCUAUGGCCUUCUUCUUCUGAGGAAGACUUUAAGAAAAGAAAUUGUUCAGCAACUGAAUCUGCGCCAGACAAAAGUACACACUCGAGAUGGAACCAUACAGCAAUGAGCUCGAAAACCAAAAUUCUGGAUAGACCUUUUAUGGAAAGAGUAGAGCAAAGGCUAGAUGAUACAGAAGGAAACAGUCGAUGUUAUGCACGCAGUAAUGAACUCAAAGCUGAUUCAGAGAAGUCUCAGCCUGCUCGCCAAACCUCAGAGUGCAGCGUCAAUGUUGGCUCACACCGUGAAGAUGAGAGUGUAGUGUGUGUGGUGCUGGAUGAUCUGUCUGAGAUGGCGUGUCCUCAGAACAGACGAGAAGAUCAACAGCCUGACAUCUCCUGCUUAUGGACACCCGACUUCCAGCCGAAUUCCACACAUCUGCUAAGAGGAAAUCAAUCAGCUUUCACAAACUCAGACUGUAGAAUGAAUUUAAAUUUGGACAAAGAUUUUAAUUUAGCAGUGGCAGACAAAAAUGUCAAACAUUUGGAUUGUUCUGAAAGUUUCUCAGGUUUUCUGCCAUGUGAGAAAAGCAGCAUAUUUGUUUGUGAUGUCUGUGGGAAAAAUCUUUCAACAAAAAAUUCCCUUGCUUCCCACUACAGACUGCACACCGGAGAGAAACCGUUCAUGUGUGCUCAGUGUGGCAAGAGUUUCGCCAAGAAAUUUAACCUUGAUAUCCACUACAACAUCCACACUGGAGCAAAACCCUACACAUGCAAACUCUGCCCAAAGUCCUUUGCCGAUCCAAGCGCUUUUAGGCGACACGAAUGGAUACACACACGCAAAUCACAACAAAAAACCUUCAACGUUAAGUACAGAUUCAAUUGUAAUAUAUGUGGCAAAUGUUUUCUGUCAAAACCAUCACUUGCUGCACAUUCUCAGUUGCACAAUGCAGAGAAGCAACAAAAGGUUUUGUUCUAAUGUUAAAGAGACUCAGAAAAAUUCCUCAAAACCUGCUUUUUUUAUAAGCCUAUACUCUGAUUCUACAGAAAGCUGUUUAUUUCACUUUUUUUUAUGCACUUGACAUUUCCUGGAGUUUUCUUUACAUCAACAUAUUUAAACCUGAAAUUACUGUUGCAUCAAUAUUG